AUGUCAAUUGACCAGUCAAUUGACCGGUCAGAAUGUGGUCAAUUGACCAGUCAAUUGACCGAUGAUGUUUCUAUGCAAGUAAAUAAAAGUGAGAAAACAAAUAACAAUAACUCAAGCACUUUAAUUGAAAAAGAAUUGUACGAAGAACACAAAUUAAAUAAAAUGAAACAAAGUUCGGUAUCAACUUAUAUCGACCGUAUGAAUCAGAAUGAACAAACCAAUUUAACUUAUUUAUUUGCAAAGGCAGUCUAUGCCAGUAAUAUUCCAUUUCAAAUUGUUGAUAGUCCUUAUUUAAAAAGUUUUUUUGAUGCAUUAAGGCCCACAUUUAAAUUACCUAGUCGUAAGCAGUUGGCUGGAAAACUUUUGGAUAAUGCUUGUACUGAAACCAGUAAUCAUAUAUCAUCAUGCAUUAAAAACGCAAAAUGUAUUGCAAUAGUUUCUGAUGGGUGGAGCAAUCAAAGAAAUGAAGGUAUCAUAAACUAUAUGCUUACUACACCUCAACCUUUGUUCUACAAAUUUGUAGCAUGUGAAGAAAAUAGACACACCAGUGACUAUAUUGCAAUUGAAUUUUGUACUGUCAUUGAAGAAAUUGGACCAGAAAAAGUCUAUGGAAUAACUACUGAUAACGCAGCAAAUAUGAGGGCUGCAUGGACAAUUGUUAAGGAAAAAUAUCCUCAUAUCCAAACAUACAGUUGUGCCUCUCAUUCUAUGCAAUUGUUUGCCAUGGAUGUUGAAAAACAAAAAAAAUAUGCUACUCAUUUAAUCCAAGUUAAGAAAAUAGUACAGUUUUUCAAAAACCGUCAUGUCGCUGCUCAUAUUUUUAGUAAGUAUCGCGAACAGUAUGGGAUUACUUCAACUCUAUCAACAUCUGUAGCUACACGUUGGGCUUCUAGUAUUAAAUCAAUUCAGCAGUUACAGAUAAACAAAAAAGCUCUUAAAUCAAGUGUUGUUGAUGAAGAAAUUGCCUCUUCUAUACCAUCAAAUCAACAAAAUUUGUUUAAGCAAAUAGUAAAAUGGGUUCUGGAUGAAGAAGUAUUUUGGUUAAAAAAUCAACAUUUUAUAAAUUUGUUUUCACCAGUCUCCAAUUCAAUUACCAAAAUGGAGUCUGAUUCUUGUGAACUAUCAGAAGUUUAUAAUGAGUUUAUGAAAGUAAAAAAACAUGUUGAGGAAAAUAAUUCAUCUUCUUUAAGUCUAAGUCAAAAUGAAAAAUCCAUAGUUGAAUUAAUUGAGCACCGUAUAAAUAAGGUAAUUACACCUACACAUCAUGCAUGCUAUUUACUUGAUCCAAGACACCAAGGAGAGAAUUUAAAAUCUGAAGAAGAAGACAAUGCUAUUGAUUUAAUUAAGUUGAUCUGGAAACAUUUAAAUAAUGUAGACAUGGAGCUUAAUAGUGAACAAGAAACUGAUGUUGCUGAAGUACUGCUAACAUUACCAAGCUCUACAGCGUGUGCUGAACGUAAUUGGUCUGUUUGGGGAAAUAUCCAUUCAAAAAACCGUAAUAAACUUAAAACAUCUACAACUGGAAAAUUAGCAUCUGUUUACCAUAACCUUAGAUUGCUGAAAAAUAUGGAAAUAGAUACAGAGGACCCAGUUUUCAUUUCUAAUGAAAUUGAAGACAAUGUUAGUGAGAACAUUGAGAUUGAUGUGCAAAUUGAUAGUACCUAA